UCUAAAGUUGGACCUUCCCUGAAGGAUUUUCCCCAAUACCAAGAAAGACAGAGUUGCAUAAGAGGAGGAGGCUGCAGAUAGAUGCUGCAAGUGUCAAUAAACUUGCGGCAUCUCCAUAAACGCAGCGAGCGCACGGAGCGCAUCCCUUAUUAUUAUUCCACCUUUUAAUCCAACCUGCAGGGGGGAAACGGAGAGCAAUGUUCCCGCUGCCGAUGUUCACGCCGGACCAGGUGGCUCGAGUGUGCGAGAACCUGGAGGAGACCGGGGACAUCGAGCGCCUGGGCCGGUUCCUGUGGUCCCUGCCGGCCGCGGUGCCGGGCUCCGCCGGGGAGGCGCUCAACCGGCACGAGUCGGUGAUGCGCGCCCGGGCGCUGGUCGCCUUCCACGUGGGCAACUUCGAGGCUCUGUACCAGAUCCUGCAGAGCCACAGGUUUACGCGCGAGUCGCACGCCAAGCUGCAGGACCUGUGGCUGGACGCGCACUACCGGGAGGCGGAGAGGCUCCGGGGGAGGCCCCUGGGGCCCGUGGAGAAGUACCGCAUCCGCAAGAAGUUCCCCCUGCCCCGCACCAUCUGGGACGGCGAGCAGAAGACGCACUGCUUCAAGGAAAGAACCCGCAGCUUGUUGAGAGAGUGGUAUCUCCAAGAUCCGUACCCCAACCCAUCCAGGAAACGUCACUUGGCCCAGGCCACGGGGCUCACACCCACACAAGUCGGCAACUGGUUCAAGAACCGCCGCCAAAGAGACCGUGCUGCAUCAGCAAAGAACAGACUACAGCAGGACCCUUCCCUCUUGCCCUCCGAAGGCUCUAUUGAUGGUUCCCUUCAGGAGCGCCACCAUCACACCCACAUGCUGUCUACCUCCCCUCGCCACCUGGGCAGCCCAGAGGCCAGCGACUGCAGCACAGAGGCUGACCGCAUAGAAACAGGAGCCUCCACCCCCGAGAUCUCCGUCAGCAGUGACAGCGAGUUCGAGCCUUGAGAUGAUGGGCUGCUUUCACGGAAACGCUCGCCUCCCCUCAGACACAGUCGUAUAUUAAAGAUGUUUGAACUUUCGGUACGGCUGUGGAUACCAGGAAAGGCUGAAGCCAGUCGUUGGGACACUCAGAAGACGAUGUAAAGAUAUGCACUUAUAAAAGCGCCGCAACGAACUAGGUUGUUGCUGAUCCCGGCCGAGCACUGUAGAAUGCUUUCAACAUUCACAGGUACCCUUUAAGCAGUAUAUUUAUGAAUAUUGUUGAAAUAUUCAUAGAAGUAUUGCAACAGUUUUUUUUAGUUAAUGUCAGAAUUAAUAUCUUAAGGUUUUAUACUAAUUUCAGGAACUAUUUUGACUGAUGAAUUUUUGUUUUCAUGGAAACGUCAUACAUUUUAGUGAAAUCUGCAAGAACACAACAAGCAAUGCCUUGAGUAGGCUUCUGUGAACAUGGUGAUACGCGCAAUAAUCCUUUCAUUCCCAUAAAACUGGGCAAUGUGCAAACUGUGUGCCCUUAAAAACCAAAAUCACUAUCUGUAUUUUGUUACUGAGCGUUAAAAGAGUUACAAGUUAUGAACCCAUUAAACUCAUUUCACUGCCUUACACGGAACUAAAGACCAUCACCACAAUGCACCACCGAUAAGUAAUGAGUGUAGACACAUUUAACUGCACGUGAUUAACAAUGCUGCUCUAAGUUCAAAACUGUUUUUUUUUUUUCUGUGGUCACGCAUCAUACCUGCUCAUACUGUUGUUUCUACUGACUGAAAUACGGUGGGCUGUUGGAAAAGCUCCCGAGCUGCUCUGAUUCCUGCAGGGGCCGACGGAUCAGGAAGACCGUUGAGCCCUCAUCAGUUUUUAACUGCUUGUGCCUAUUACAUGUAAGAUCAGGGACACGUACACUCAGAUAUGCCCUUGAAGGCCUACCGUCUGCUGUCUUCCUUACAACCAUCAUUUCUCAAAAGUAACAUUUCUGCAUUUCAGUGAAAAUGUGUAUUUUGUAAAUGUUUUAUGUAAAUAAAUGAACUUAUUUUUAUCCAAAGUUAUUCUGACUCACUGUAUUUGUAAGUUAUGAAUGUCCUGUGCUUUAAAUCCAAAGCAAAUCAAGUUAUUUCUUUUUGAUUAUGUGUGGCUUUAAACGAGGAUAAUGUCUACUUGAUUAUUCCCUGCACUACAAAAAAAUGUAUUUCUAAGAAACAAAAACCUUGUUUACAGAAAAUGAGAAGACUAUUGUGUUAAUUUUAUGAAAUCUAGUCAAGAAAUGUUUUCUUAUACCAUUGGCAACGAUAUGUUUGCUUAAAAUAAUUCCGACUAAUGUUAUGGAUUAUAAGGCUUAUUUCUAGAGGGGCUGUUUUUGGAGUGGUUU